GGGAGGUGCUGUCUGCGUCAUGCUGUGGCUGUGUGGCUGGGAAUAGCACCGGUACGUCAGUGGAAAUUCCAAAUAUGCAGGAAAAUCAUUCAGCAGUUUCAACAGUGCUGCACAGUAGAACUCGUGUUUCGGGAUUUAUAUUCCGGCAAUCAGGUUGUCGAUCUAGACAGAGCAGAACGUGGAGUGUCGCCAUAGCUUUGAAUACUUUAUUUGAAUUGUACAUUAACAGUGGGUAUGAUUUAAUAUCCAACACUCUUAGUCUUCAUAUUAGUUACAUUGACACGUGAAUAUGCAAGUCAGUCAGUGGAGAAGUCAAACAAUG